UUUUUUUUUUCUUCUUCUUCUUCUUCUUCUUCUUUUGGGUGUUUUGUAAAUCGCCGAGCAGCAGCCGGGGAAAGGGAGCCAAGGGGAUUGACGCUCUGCGAUUGGAGUUCUGCAGCCCCCGGGCAAGUGUGAGGAGAAGGAGGGGGGCAGCCAAACAGCGCCCCCCCAAAGUGAAGCCGGGAGAAAGCGGGCUCUAAAAGGCAUCGAGCCGGCGGCUUCUGGGGGGAAACAACUCGGGGCAAAGCGGUUGGGCCAAGGGCGGGAUCCGCCUCUCGCUCCACGCCGGGACUGGAGCCACCGCGCCGCGUCUCGCUCCUCGUCCCCGCAGCCGGGCGCCUGGGUCCGCGGCUCGCCGCCGCGGGGAGAUGCCGUUCGGCCCCUGUGACAUCGCUGGCCGGAGCUGAGGCUGCCCUUUGAAACAAACCAUGAAGCUGGCCGAGCGACUCGUGUGCUGGGUGGGCUGCCUGGUGAUCUCCGGGACGCUCCAGCCCGGCGCGGCGCAGGCAGUGUGCGCUGGCACUGAGAACAAGCUGAGUUCUCUGUCUGAUCUUGAGCAGCAAUAUCGUGCGUUGCGCAAGUACUAUGAGAACUGUGAGGUAGUCAUGGGCAACCUAGAAAUCACCAACAUUGAACACAACCGUGAUCUUUCCUUCCUCAGGUCUAUCCGAGAAGUCACGGGAUAUGUCCUGGUAGCUUUGAAUCAGUUUGAGUACCUCCCGUUAGAGAACCUACGCAUCAUUCGUGGGACAAAACUCUACGAGGACCGAUAUGCCUUGGAGAUAUUUCUUAACUACAGAAAGGAUGGUAAUUUUGGACUAAGGGAACUUGGCCUGAAGAACUUAACUGAAAUACUGAAUGGAGGGGUAUACGUUGGCCAGAACAAGUUUCUUUGCUACGCUGACACCAUUCAUUGGCAGGAUAUCGUGCGUAACCCACGGGCUUCCAACUUCACUUUGGUUCCAACAAAUGGCAGCUCGGGAUGUGGACGAUGCCACAAGUCCUGCACAGGUCGUUGUUGGGGACCCACAGAAAACCACUGCCAGAGCUUGACAAAGACGGUGUGUGCAGAGCAAUGCGAUGGACGUUGCUACGGGCCGUACGUCAGUGACUGCUGCCAUCGGGAAUGUGCUGGAGGCUGUUCCGGACCUAAAGACACUGAUUGCUUUGCCUGCAUGAAUUUCAAUGACAGCGGAGCAUGUGUCACUCAGUGCCCCCAGACUUUUGUCUACAAUCCCACCACCUUCCAGCUGGAGCACAACCACAAUGCCAAAUACACCUAUGGAGCUUUUUGUGUCAAAAAGUGCCCACAUAACUUUGUGGUAGAUUCCAGCUCCUGUGUACGUGCCUGUCCCAGCUCCAAGAUGGAGGUUGAAGAAAAUGGUAUAAAGAUGUGCAAACCCUGCACUGACAUUUGUCCUAAAGCAUGUGAUGGCAUCGGCACAGGGAGUUUGAUGUCCGCUCAAACCGUUGACUCCAACAACAUUGACAAGUUCAUAAACUGUACCAAGAUCAACGGGAACCUGAUCUUUCUUGUCACUGGGAUUCAUGGGGACCCCUAUCACACAAUUGCAGCAAUGGACCCAGAGAAAUUAAAUAUCUUCCAAACAGUCAGAGAGAUAACAGGUUUCUUGAAUAUUCAGUCAUGGCCCCAAAACAUGACAGAUUUCCGUGUGUUUUCUAACUUGGUUACUAUAGGUGGAAGAGCCCUAUAUAGUGGCCUUUCCUUGCUCAUCCUCAAGCAACAGGCAAUUACCUCUCUACAGUUCCAGUCCCUGAAGCAGAUCAGUGCUGGCAACAUCUACAUCACUGACAAUACCAACCUGUGUUACUAUCACACCAUCAACUGGACCAGCCUCUUCAGCACGCCCAAUCAAAAGACAGUGAUCCACCGAAACAAAAAGCCUGAGAACUGCACUGCAGAGGGAAUGGUGUGUAACAACUUGUGCUCAAGUGAUGGCUGUUGGGGGCCAGGGCCAGACCAGUGUCUGUCCUGCAAACGCUUCAGCAGAGGAAGGACCUGUAUAGAGUCUUGUAACCUUUAUGAUGGGGAAUUUCGAGAGUUUGCGAAUGGUUCUGUGUGUGUGGAGUGUGAUCCCCAGUGUGAGAAGAUGGAAGAUAACAUGAUCACAUGCUAUGGGCCGGGACCAGACCACUGCGCCAAAUGUUUCCAUUUUAAGGAUGGCCCCAACUGUGUGGAAAAGUGCCCUGAUGGCUUACAGGGGGCAAACAGCUUCAUUUUCAAAUACGCUGAUGAGGACCGUGAGUGUCACCCUUGUCAUCCAAACUGCACACAAGGGUGCAUAGGCCCCCGUAUUGAGGACUGCAUCGGCCUAAUGGAUAGGUGUAGAGGCCCCACUAGUCAUGACUGCAUUUACUAUCCAUGGACACGCCAGUCCACCUUACCACAGCAUGCUAGAACCCCCCUGAUUGCUGCAGGCGUGAUUGGUGGACUCUUUAUCAUCGUCAUUGUGGGCCUGACAUUUGCCGUUUAUGUUCGGCGGAAAAGCAUCAAAAAGAAGAGGGCCUUGCGGAGGUUCCUGGAGACUGAGCUGGUGGAGCCCUUGACUCCAAGUGGCACAGCACCCAACCAAGCACAGCUUCGUAUCCUGAAGGAAACUGAGCUAAAGCGAGUCAAGGUCCUUGGCUCUGGGGCCUUUGGAACUGUGUAUAAGGGUAUUUGGGUUCCCGAAGGAGAAACAGUCAAGAUUCCUGUGGCUAUUAAAAUCCUUAAUGAGACGACUGGUCCCAAGGCAAAUGUGGAGUUCAUGGAUGAAGCGCUUAUCAUGGCAAGCAUGGAUCAUCCACACCUGGUGCGAUUACUAGGCGUCUCCUUGAGCCCCACCAUUCAGCUCGUCACUCAGCUCAUGCCCCACGGCUGCUUGCUGGACUAUGUUCAUGAACACAAGGAUAACAUUGGCUCCCAGCUUCUGCUGAACUGGUGUGUCCAGAUAGCCAAGGGAAUGAUGUACCUGGAAGAGAGGAGACUGGUUCACCGGGACUUGGCAGCCCGGAAUGUCUUGGUAAAAUCACCAACCCAUGUAAAGAUCACUGACUUUGGCCUGGCCAGGCUCCUGGAAGGCGAUGAGAAAGAAUACAACGCUGAUGGAGGGAAGAUGCCGAUUAAGUGGAUGGCUCUGGAAUGUAUACACUACAGGAAAUUCACCCAUCAGAGCGAUGUUUGGAGCUAUGGUGUCACUAUUUGGGAGCUUAUGACCUUUGGCGGAAAACCCUAUGAUGGAAUCCCGACACGAGAAAUUCCUGACCUGUUAGAGAAAGGGGAACGGUUGCCCCAGCCUCCUAUCUGCACCAUUGAUGUUUACAUGGUGAUGGUGAAAUGCUGGAUGAUUGAUGCUGACAGUAGGCCUAAAUUCAAGGAAUUGGCUGCUGAAUUUUCUAGAAUGGCUCGAGACCCUCAAAGAUACCUUGUCAUUCAGGGUGAUGACCGUAUGAAGCUCCCCAGCCCAAAUGACAGCAAAUUCUUCCAAAAUCUGCUGGAUGAGGAAGACCUGGAAGAUAUGAUGGAUGCUGAGGAAUAUUUAGUUCCUCAGGCCUUUAACAUCCCUCCUCCUAUCUACACCUCCAGGGCUAGAAUCGACUCCAACAGGAGUGAACUUGGACACAGCCCUCCUCCUGCCUACGCCCCUAUGUCAGGAAACCAGUUUGUGUACAGAGGUGGCGGCUUUGCUACAGAACAGGGAGUGCCUGCGCUGUACAGAGCGGUCAGCUGCAUAACUCCAGAGGUGCCAGCCAUCCAGGGGGCCACAGCAGAGAUCUUUGACGACACUUGCUGUAAUGGUACGCUACGGAAGCAGGUGGCUGCUCUCGCACAAGAUGACAGCAGCACUCAGAGGUACAGCGCUGACCCAACAGUGUUUGUACCUGAGCGGGGCCAACGGGGCGAGCUGGAUGAAGAUGGGUACAUGACGCCGAUGCGAGACAAGCCCAAAACAGAUUACCUGAACCCGGUAGAGGAAAACCCAUUUGUCUCUCGACGGAAGAACGGUGAUCUUCAAGCUCUGGACAACCCCGAGUAUCACAGCGCCCCGAACGGGCAACCCAAAGCAGAGGAUGAGUAUGUGAACGAGCCGUUGUACCUCAGCACCUUUGCUAAUACCUUGGAAAACGCAGAGUACAUGAAGAGCAAUGGGCUUCCUUUGCCAGAGAAAUCCAAGAAGGCCUUCAACAACCCAGAUUACUGGAAUCACAGUCUGCCACCGCGAAGCACCCUCCAGCACCCGGACUACCUGCAGGAGUACAGCACAAAAUAUUUUUACAAACAAAAUGGACGGAUCCGGCCCAUCGUGGCAGAGAACCCUGAAUACCUCUCUGAGUUCUCCCUGAAGCCUGGCACUGUGCUGCCCCCACCACCCUACAGACAUCGAAACACGGUGGUGUAGUGACAUCAGUAUUAAAGCAGUGGAGAGGCAACCCCUUCUAGCCCCCAGUCUCUCUUUCUUUCUUGCUCUCUCUCCCUCGAGCUUCCUCUUUUUGCCGAUCACUCACUUUGAUAUUUCCAAGUAGAAGGACACCUUUGAGUCAUUUGCUGAUCGGGUUAGGAACCUAGAAGGAAAGAAAGAAAAACUGAAUGAAUGCAAGAAGGCCAAAACCUGGCAUUUCUCACCUUUCGCAGACCCUGAGGGUCAGAAGGUCAGAAAAGCCAGUGAACACCAGUGAAGGCCAGUGGCAGUGUUGCCUGCUGUCAAGUUAGUUCUCCGUGAUUCAACUCGGAUGCUGUAGGGGAAGUCACACAGUGUCUGUUUCUAUCAGCAGGAACUGAGGAGAGCCUAUUCAGCAUUCCUGGAAAUCGCAAUGCAGUUUCCAUUAAGGGGGAAAAAAGGACAAUUUUUAUAUCACAUGUGAUAGCAUAAUAAUUGAGAUUUCCGAAUCCAAUUUCUUUCUCUAACACUUUCUAUCCUGGCAACUGAAAACAACUAACCAAGCUUUUCAUAACCAUUCAGUUCUUCAUCACAGCCAUCAAGAAAUAAUUAAUAAAAUAAAAAAUGAGGAGACUUUGUCUCUGGCCUGUCCCCUCUUCUUAGCCACUCCCACGGUUUUAUCCCAUUGCCUAACUGCAAAGACGUUCCCUCAAAGCUCCUGUGCAUGACAGUGCAAUUUUUUUAUAUGUGUCGUCAUGACGACAAGUAUUUUCAACACAAAAAUCCCAUCAGGAAAGAAAGAAAACACAAAAAAGCUCACAUCUUCCAUUGAAGCUAAAAGAGAGGCCAAGAUCCAUGAUUUGUAUACACAGAGCCGCACCUUCAUGUUUUAUACCGACUUAAUACAAACAAAGAAAGUACCCAUACAAAUUCUCCUCUCUUUCUUUUUGCUCAUCGAUUGAAAUAGUUGGGGAUGCAGCAGGCAACACUGAGGACAAGACAGAAGGAGGAGAGUUUAAUAGAUUCAGGAAACCUGGUGGUGUUCUAAGCGGCGACCGACUAAGGAGUUCUUUAAACUGGAAGAAAGACACUGGAGAGGGUAAAACGCACAUAGCAGUUCACUGGAAAGUUAGUUUGCACUUAAGCUAUGAUUUUAUUUGUCCUCCCUCUGAACUGUUUUCUGGAUUUUGAACGAAGCAAUAUGGAAGCGACCAGCAAAAUAAAAUAAUUUUAAAUUAAAAAGCGAAAUUAUAUAUAAAGGACGACUGUGGAAAUGCCAAAAUGAAGCAAGUCACGUCUUUGGAACAGUAUCCGCUGGUUCUGAAAGGCCAGUGUAUUGACUACUCCAGAGAAUACAGUGAAGGAGUAACCAGUUCAAAUGCGGCUGCAUGAAGGAAAAGCAGGGCAAACAGUGAAGGGGAUUUGGGGAGAAGAAUGGCCAAGUCUGGUUUGGGUCCCAGCAAGGACUAUAGUUUUCUAAAAGGAGGAUUUCUCUAUCACAUAAGCUGGUACAUACAAGGUUUUUCAAGUCAAUAUGUGCAUGACACACACAGCUUUCAGUCAAAAACAUAAAUAAUGGGUCGAUCUCCGUGCACUUAUUUCCCCUUUGUCAACUUCAGCUUUCACAGGAUCUUUGGUUUAUCUCCCCAUGGCUAAAAAUAUUUCCAGCCAGAGUUUUUGAAUCAUUUUAGCAUCAAAAAUGGAACACCACGUGAAGUGGAAGAGAAGACUGGGGUUGGUGUCUUGCUUUCGAUGCACUACGGUUCUAGUUGUUUAGGAUUUUAGAGAAAAUCUAUCUAUCUAAUUAGACUCAAAUUCUAGGAGGGACAACAGUAUUCAAAUAUAUGCCAUUUAGUACUAUUAAAAUGAUGGCCCUUUGGAUGAUGGAACCCAGCAACGGAGCGAACAGUCUGGAAGCAAUGUGUAUUUUCUCUUAAAUCCUAAUAUUUUAAUGGACAGCCACCAUGACCUUUGGUGAGCUCCCUGUCAGGGAGAUCUGACCCCUCAAAUUGAAAGAGGCAGACUGGAGAGUAAGCCCCGAUCCUCAUCCUUAGUCUGCCAUUUUAAGUUAAUUUUAGGAGUGGAUGUCAUGCCGUGUUAUACAAGCAGCCAGUGAUGGAUUCAUGAGGUGACAUAACAUAAUUCCUCCCCACCCUAUUCCCAGGGCCGCCAUGCAAUAAUUACUUAAUUGUCUGUGUCCUAGUGCUUGCUAGACAAAGUCAGCUCUGGGUCGGAAAGAGACCCCCAGAUUUGAAACCUGGGUUAGUUCUUAGUCCUGUACUUUGAAAUAGAAUUUGUGGCUGGUCCUUACAGUGUCCAUCAAGACUUCAGGUCAAGGCUGGUUCAGCCAAUGUGGCAUUACUGAAUUAGGUGCUUCAAGUCAAUUUGAACUAGCGGAACUUAAUUACCAGCUGCUGUGCACUUAUUAAGCCCAUAAACCUUGUAUGUAGAUAAAUGGUUUAUAAACACGAACACGAAGUCUUUGCAGCUAUUAAUAGGAGGCCUAGUGGCCAUGUAAUACAUCAGUUUGUUGUGGCAGAAUAAAAUGAACAGCUGACCAUUAAAGCAGGAUGGAUGACCACAGAAGCAUCAUGCAUCUGAACGAAGGUCUGUCUCUGCGGAGAGGUCUCUUCUGCUCUUGAUGCCUUCCCAUAGCUCCCAGUGAGGUUAAUGGGAGAUACAGGCGAGCAUUAGGGGGAAUUAGACCCCCUCAGACCUUCAAAAACGUAUGCCAGUGGGCGCACUCAGAGUACGUAAUAUUAAGCCUCUUGAGAAGUGAGAAUGGACAAAGGAUAAAAUUCGGGGACAAGGUUUUUUUUUAUGUCCCUUUUGUGACUCAAAGAAAGCUAAGAAUAUUAAGGGGGGGGAGGGGGCUUGAUCUCCAUCACUGAACAGAUAUAAGAUAAGGGUAAUAUUCUAAUGGAAAUCUACAUACAGGUUGUGUAUUUGCAUUUGGGGCAGUGCACUAAAAGACUGACUGUGAGAAGAAAUGUGCACACCUUGAAAAUAUUGAAGGCAAAUCACUACAAGGAUCUUAGAAUCCAGCUGCUAAUGGAAGGUAGAAAACCUGUUUGUGUUCUUUGAUAAUUCAGUAAGGUCAACAUUAAAACCAAGCCCCAUUUUAAAAAAUGAUGUGUAAAUAUGGUUGUUCUUUUUUGCCCAAAAGUAUUUUAAGAAUUAUUUAUUUACUUUUUUAAUUGUUGAUUAUGGAUAAAAUAUACUCAGUCACAUGGACAUACAGCGGCUCCUUGCAGGAAGCAUGAAACCCUGAAGUCGGCUCACAAUUACAGGCUGAGCAGUGUCAAAUGUGUCUUUAAAAAAACCAGACAGUUAAUACAGCAAAUGUAAAUGCAGCCUGUGAAAUGCAAAGUAACAAAUGUCUGUCAUUUAUGUUUCCUGGGUUACUGGUUUGGGUUAGUCCCGUUGCCAAACAUUGCCUUUAACAAUUCAUUGCCUCUGGUUACAAGGUAUUGACCUAAACAUCUAGAUUCUUUUUUUUUAACCUCAAGGGAUGAUUAACCUUGACUCACACGAAAACACAAAGUCAAUAGUAUGUUUUGUUACAUACAGGCUGAAUGUUUUCAACAGAAAUAUCUAGCUACGUUCUGACCCACCUCCAGAUAGAAGCCAAGCACUUCCCAAGAAUGAAAUAAAAAAUCUGUCACUGCUAGGUUUAAUUUUAAUUAUGGUGAGGGGAGGCCACAGAUCAUGACAGAUGUUGGCUUUUUUUAAUUACAUCAAAUUUUUCUUUGGAAAGCAGAUGCUUUUCACCAAAAAUUUCAUUUAAACUCAGUUUUUUCCAUGAAAAACAAGUUCUGACUGAAUUAUUUUUGAUCCCUUAGUCAAAACUCAUGCUAUUUCUGUCCCUAGUCAGUUUUUAAUGACUUUAUAAGCAUAUUUUCCUGUUUCUUUUUCCCCUAUGGCUGGAGCACAAUGAUUAAUUUUUCAGGGGAAACAAACAGGGCAUGUGCCAAGUAUUCACACGCAAACUAAAUGAAAGAUGAAUAUGCUGUUGGUUUUGUUUUGUUUUCAAUCUCUUGCCAAGCUAGGUGUUACAUGUAACACUAGUAGGUGAACGAAUUUUAGAC